GGAAAUGUGCCAACCAGGUUGCCUAACCCAUGUGUGGAUCUGAAUUAUCUAUCCGUUCGCAUAGAUUUUGAUGACAUUGAGGAAAAUACAGCUGCUCUAUGUCUCUUAAAAUGUUGUCCAAAUCUCCAAGAACUGAAAUGUUGGCUCCAGCAAUGGAGCAAACAUCUGUGGAAAGAUACAAGAACUUUUGGGAAGAUGAUCACUGGAGCUCGCUGUUUGGCCAUCUGAGACUGGUAACAGUAUCAGACAUCACUGGUGUGAAAACAGAAAUGGAUUUCCUCAAGUUCUUGCUUUCAAAUUCUCCUGUGCUUGAGCGUUUGACACUUAAGCCUGCCUCCCAGGGGUGUGGAUGGGAGUUAAUGAAGGAACUGCUGCGGUUCCGGCGAGCCUCAAUAUGUGAAGAAGUCAUGAUUAUCUUAGUCAUGGCUACCUUGUCGGAAGAAUUCUUGUAAUUUAUUUUGUACUUAAUAUAAUAGAUGGAUCCAUGAAUAUGAUUGAAUCCUUGAGUUUAAAAGUACGAAUCUC